AUGAGCCCUCGACUACUCGACUCGUACACGUAUCGAGACAAUGCUACAGGACAACUUGCAUUAGUGAGUUGCACAAAUAUUUCCACGCAGCGGAGUCGGAACACAGCGCGGCACACGCGCGGAGAUCGUGCGCCCGCGCCGCGCUGUUAUCGAUCACCACACACCGGGUCAAAACUGUGGGACCUUGAAUCACUCAAAAGUAAUCAAAACAAUUUUUUUUCUGUAAAAUGUUAUACAAGGUCUCUGACUUAUGGAGACGUGAGUAGAGUACGUCUACAUGUUUACAGACACACCGAGUGUAGCUUCACCACAUGA